AUGCCUGACCGACCACUCCAACCUAAAUUACAACCUUUUGCUGUUCCAUACAGCUCAAAUGACGAUAUUUUAGUGAACUAUAGCAGAGAUGACACAGAUGUGACAAUAUAUAUAGGAAGAUGUGAAUGGCCAUCGGAAUCGAGACACAUGUAUAAACCAGAUACUUUAGGAUUCGAUAAGAUUUAUAUUCUUAACUUGGAAAGAAGACCAGAACGACGAGAAAGAAUUGAGAAACUACUAGCCGAAUUAAAACUGGACUAUUUAAUAUUUAGUGCUGUUGACGGAAGGAAGUUAAACCCGGAAAAGUUAGACGAACUUGGCGUUACAAUACUACCUGGAUAUGAAGACAUGUCACUAAAAAGAAACAUGACUUAUGGCGAAGUCGGAUGUACUCUAAGUCAUUAUUUUAUAUGGAAAGAUAUGAUUGCAAACAAUUACAAUAGGAUUUGGAUUAUUGAAGAUGAUGCCUCUUUCUUUCCUAUGUUUCGAAAACAAUUCUCAAGAGCCUUCGCAGAUGUUGAAGAGUUCGUUCCAUACUGGGACCUAAUGUUCCUGGCACGUAAGCCGAUGGAAAAAGAACCUGAAUUAUUUGUAGAAGGUACAAAAUAUGCUAAAUGGCCUGGCUUUUCAUACUGGGGAUUGUCUUAUGCAAUUACAAGAGGAGGAGUGGAUAAAAUAAUGAAGCAAAAUCCAUUACGGAAACUUGCACCAAUCGACGAAUUGCUACCUAUCAUGUAUAAUAGACAUCCAAUGCCCGAGUGGAAAAAGCUUUUCAAGAAAAGAGAUUUGAUUGCAGUUUCUAUUCAUCCAUUAUUGAUCGUCCCAUCAUGGUGGUUUGGAGAAACAGAAUGUAUUUCCGAUUCCGAAGUGUCAGAAACAGUUUCAACAGAUAUAAAAGAAUGUUCUUAA